UGUUUUUAUAAUAACUUUUAAGUGGUUUCCAUCUAGUUGGUAAAUAAAAUCAAUUUUGUGACACUCACUAAAUAUAUUUUUUUCUCUUUUCUGUGUUAAAAAUAAUUUUUUUCUUGGCUGAUUUUUAAUAUAAUUUAUAGACUUUCUUUUUGUGUAUUUUGUGCUUAAAUAAUUAAUUUUUCUUUUGAUUCCUCUUAAUAUUUUCUUAUCAGUUUAACAAUUUUUAUCAUUAUUUGUUGAUAUUUUAAUCAUAAAAAUAUUUUUUAAAGCUAUAAUAAUGACGUUUUUAGAGGUUUUAUUAUUUAAAUAAAAAUAUAAACGCCUUGGGCCGUAGAGGGAUUCGAACCCACGACCUAAAAGUGACCAAACCAAAAGCAAUCCCACUUAACCAAAAUGUAAAAAUUUUUUUUAAAAUUUGUUUUCAGCCUCAGAAUGACUAACUAUAUUUUAUUUUUAUUAAUUUUUAUUUUCUCAAUUUUUGAUGGAUCAUUUGGAGCAAAUAUAUUAAUAUCUCCUAGCUGGUUGAGCCCUGUACACAGAUUUACAAUGAGGGAAUUGGCAGCGGAAUUGUUAAAACGUAAUCAUUCGGUUACUUGGCUAGAAUAUGGACUUAGACCUCACGAUUCAAUUUUACUGCCCAAAGGCGUUGAAGAAAUUUUUCUGCGAAUAGAAAAUGCCCCAAGAGUCACAGCACUUUUAAACCAGAAAGGCAAAAUUCAACUAACAAGUAAUUCACAACUUUGGCAAGAAAAUUUUUGGGUGCCAGUGGAAAAAACAAAUGGUUGGUUGGCCUCUUUGGAUUUAUGCCGGGCUGUUCUGAAGGAACACAAAAAUGCUUUUGAUAAACUUGUUCAAAGAGAGUUUGCUGCUGUUGUGAUUGAUGAUUUAUACAAUCCUUGUGCUCUUCUCCAUGUCGGACUUCAAAAAUCACUUUUUGUUUAUUGGUCAAUGACUGGAUUGAGAACAGAGUCGGCCUGGGCAAAUCAAAGCCCUAGCCCUCCAUCUUACAUUCCUGUGCCUGGAACUGGAUUAACGGAUGAAUUAGGCUUCUGGUCAAGAAUUUACAAUUUAUUUGCUUAUUUAAGAGAAUUAUAUAUUCAUCAACAUUUAAUUCUUCGUCGGAUGGAUAAAUUAUUUGAGAAAUACUAUCCAAAUAAAGUACCAGAAUCAUUUGCUAUUGAGAGAAAUGCGAGCAUUAAUUUUGUGAAUAAUCCGCCGAUUUUUGACUUUGCUAGGCCUUAUAAGCGUGGAUUUAUUUUAAUUAGUGGAGGAUUUACAAUUCAAUGGGCAAAUGCUCCAAAGGAUGUUAUUGAAAAUCUCCUUGGGGCAAUUCGAGAAAUGAAUGAUACACGAUUUGUUUGGCAAUACAAUGGCCCAGCACUUCAAAACCCUCCCUCAAAUCUUUUCACAUCCGAGUGGUUGCCACAACAACAAUUACUUGCUCAUCCAAAAUGCAAGGGACACCUUUCACAUGGAGGUCUAAACAGCGUAAUUGAAAGUGUCUGGCAUGGAACCCCAAUAAUUGGCUGGCCAUUAACCGCAACUGCCAAAGAUAACCUCCUUCGGGUUACUGCACGUCAAGCCGGUUUAAUGAUUGAACAAAAACGUCCAACACAAAAACAAUUUCUGUCAGCAUUUAAAAGAAUUUAUAUAAAAUUUUAUAAAGAAGAAAUGCUUGUAUUUCAGGAUAUGUUAAUAGAUGUUCCCUAUACAGAAUUAAACCACUCAGCAUUUUGGGUAGAAUUUAUAGUUAGACAUCAAGAAGUGCCUCAUGCACGUUCUGGUGCUGAUGAUUUGAAUAUAUUUCAGUAUUUCUUGGUUGAUGUAACAUUAUUUUUAAUUGGCUGUACUCUCUUAUCAAUCUGGUUGUUAUUAAACUUGCUUAAAUUAACUGUUCGUUUACUUUGUUGGACAAUUAUAUAUGUAAAAUGUUGUGUAAUUCCAAAUAAAAGCAAAAAAUCUGUGAUUGAAAAGAAGGAUCCUAUUGCAAAAAAGAAGGAUUAA